AUGCAAGUCUCUACCUUACAAGUUGAUGAAGAUCUAGUGAACAGUUCAGGCAAAUUUCUACUCUUGGAUCGCAUGCUGCCAGAGCUGAAAAAGCGAGGACACAAGGUGCUGCUAUUCUCACAAAUGACACAGAUGUUGGAUAUUUUGAUGGACUACUGCUAUCUGAGGAAUUACCAGUUCAGUCGCUUGGAUGGAAGCAUGUCCUAUACAGAGAGAGAUGAAAAUAUGAGUAAAUUUAACAAAGAUCCAGAAGUUUUUAUAUUUCUUCUGAGCANUCUGAGCACGCGGGCUGGAGGUCUUGGCAUUAAUCUGACGGCAGCAGAUACAGUAAUCAUUUAUGACAGUGACUGGAACCCGCAAUGUGAUCUUCAGGCUCAAGACCGAUGUCAUAGAAUUGGCCAGACGAAGCCGGUGGUUGUCUAUCGCUUUGUAACUGCAAAUACCAUUGAUCAGAAGAUUGUGGAAACAGCUGCCGCCAAAAGGAAGUUAGAGAAGCUGAUUAUACACAAAAAUCAGUUUAAAGGUGGAAAAUUAGGAGGAUACCAGUCAAAGCGAUGUUUGGACCCCAAGGAGUUAAUAGAGUUGCUACAGUCCUGCGACUAUGACAGAGAAAUAAAAGGAUCAAGAGAAGGAGUAAUAACUGACAAAGAUUUAGAGUUAUUGUUGGACAGAACUGACCUUACAACCCAAAUAAAAAACCCCGAAGGACAUAAUGGAAAAAUGGGAUUCUUCAGGGUAGUAGAAACUGCUGAGGACGGUAACUCAGAUGUUGUGCUUUGAAGCUUUGAAGUAUAGACAAUUUGCACUCCUGUGCCUCUGCAAACCUGUAGAUUGACACUGCCAGAGGAGUUAUUUUAUGAGAGACUUGAUAUCAAGAUCACUAGAUUUGCAUUAUGUACAAAAAAGAAAAGUUUUGGAUUCACUUGUUGAUGGUUGAAACAUUUUCAAUCAAUUAUUUAGACUUCAAUAGCUUGUAGCUCAGAAAAAGCUAUACUGUGUAAUUUGACAUUUUGUAAUCUAAAUAAAGUUUGUUUUUAUUAGA